CUAAAUAAACACAAAAUAAUACAAUUACAUAAAAAGCUUAUUCUAUAGCAUACAAAGUAUCUAUUGUACAAAAAAGCUCUUUAUCAAGUGUAGCUAUUUUUUUAAGAGCUAUUAGUUUCAGUACACACGAUAUUGGAAAUCAACGUUUUGUUUUCAGAAGCAAGCAGGUUGUCUAACAAUAUGGGUAAAAUAAUUUUGUAUGGUUCUGACCCCAGUCCCCCGGUACGUGCCUGUAUUUUAGCAUUAAAAGCUCUACAUUUGCCAUUUGAAUUAAAGGCCAUAGAUUUCAAUGCUAAAGAACACUUAUCAGAAGAAUAUUUAAAAAAGAAUCCGCAGCACACUGUUCCCACUUUAGAGGAUGAUGGUAAUUUUAUUUGGGAUUCACAUGCCAUCAUUGCCUACUUGGUGACCAAAUAUGGCAAAGAUGAUUCACUCUAUCCCAAAGAUUUUCUAAAACGUGCUAUUGUUAACCAGCGUUUAUUCUUCGAGAGCGGUGUCAUGUUUCAAGGUGGACUACGCAAUAUUACAAGUCCCUUGUGGUACAAAAAUGAGACAAAGAUUCCUCGGGAAAAAAUUGAUGCUCUUCAUGAAAUCUACGACUUUUUAGAAGUUUUUCUUAAGGAUAAUCUAUACAUGGCCGGUGAUGAAUUGACAAUAGCUGACUUUAGCAUUGUAGCUACAGUAACGUCUUUGGAAGCUUUUGUUGAUAUUGACAGUUUGAAGUAUCCCAAGUUGAGUGCCUGGAUAAAACGCAUGAAAUCUCUGCCCUAUUAUGAGGAAGCCAAUGGUGCUGGAGUGAAGAAAUUUAUUAAAAUUUUUAAAUCGUUUAAUAUUACAAUUGUAUCCUAAGUGAUUUUUUAAAUUAUUAUAUUGGAUAAGCUUUCACAAAAAUUUUUAAAAAUAACAGUUGCAGCUUUUGUAAAUUGUAAUAAAAUAUAUGUACAUAUAUUCAUGAAUAAAACAAAUAUCAGAAAAUAUAUAUUCACCAAAAAUUUUUGAUUUAAAUUUUUGUCCUCCACGAUUCCGUUAAUACUCGUAGCAAAAUUUGGCCCAUAGUGAGGUCUAACUGAAACUAAUCGACGUUAUUAAACAUCAAUAUAAAACAAAUAGAGGGAUUCAAAGUUUUUCA